CUGCUGCAGCCACAUUUUCCUGCAGUGCUCCAGGUGACAGCCGGUCCAGAGCGCGGGAGGGUGGGGGUGCGGGAGAGGAGGGAGGGAAGGUGCGUCCACCCACCUGUCCCCUUCUGGCUGGCCCCACCGCGUCCAUCCCCCUGCCGCCUGCCGGCCGACUCUGCAGGUGUUGGGGCCCGGGGUCCUGUCGGAGCUCUGCGAUGGGGAGGCUCACCCCAGGCGGAGGGUCCAGAAGCCCCCGAGGUCACAGAACCCAGCCGUCUGGUGAGGGAGAGCUCCGGGGGAGAGGUCCGAAAGCAGCAGCUGGACACCAGGGUCCGCCAGGAGCCACCAGGGGGCCUGCCCGUCCACCUGGCCCAGGUGAGCUUCGUCAUCCCAGCCUUCAACUCAGACUUCACCCUGGACCUGGAGCUGAACCAUCACCUGCUUUCCUCGCAAUACGUGGAGCGUCACUUCAGCCGGGAGGGGCCAACCCAGCACAGCACUGGGGCGGGAGACCACUGCUACUACCAGGGCAAGCUGCGGGGGAACCCACACUCCUUUGCCGCCCUCUCCACCUGCCAGGGGCUGCAUGGGGUCUUCUCUGAUGGGAACUUGACUUAUAUCGUGGAGCCCCAAGAGAUGGCUGGGCCUUGGGGAGUGCCCCAGGGACCCCUUCCCCACCUCAUUUACCGGACCCCUCUCCUCCCAGCCCCCCUCGGAUGCAGGGAACCAGGCUGCCUCUCUGCUGCCCCUGCCCAGUCCGCUUCUCCAGAUCGGCCAAGGCUGAGAAGGAAAAGGUCCGCCGGGGCCACCCUACGGUGCACAGUGAGACCAAGUACGUGGAGCUGAUUGUGAUCAAUGACCACCAGCUGUUCGAGCAGAUGCGACAGUCGGUGGUCCUCACCAGCAACUUCGCCAAGUCCGUGGUGAACCUGGCUGAUGUGAUGUAUAAGGAGCAGCUCAACACUCGCAUCGUGCUGGUUGCCAUGGAAACCUGGGCAGAUGGGGACAAGAUCCAGGUGCAGGAUGACCUCUUGGAGACCCUGGCCCGGCUCAUGGUCUACCGGCGGGAGGGUCUGCCUGAGCCCAGCGAUGCCACCCACCUCUUCUCGGGCAGGACUUUCCAGAGCACCAGCAGUGGCGCAGCCUACGUGGGGGGCAUCUGCUCGCUAUCCCGGGGCGGGGGUGUGAACGAGUAUGGCAACAUGGGGGCCAUGGCAGUGACCCUGGCCCAGACCCUGGGGCAGAACCUGGGCAUGAUGUGGAACAAACACCGGAGCUCGGCAGGGGACUGCAAGUGUCCAGACAUCUGGCUGGGUUGCAUCAUGGAGGACACUGGGUUCUACCUGCCCCGCAAGUUCUCGCGCUGCAGCAUCGACGAGUACAACCAGUUUCUGCAGGAGGGCGGCGGGAGCUGCCUCUUCAACAAGCCCCUCAAGCUCCUGGACCCCCCUGAGUGCGGGAACGGCUUCGUGGAGGCAGGGGAGGAGUGCGACUGCGGCUCGGUGCAGGAGUGCAGCCGCGCGGGUGGCAACUGCUGCAAGAAAUGCACCCUGACUCACGACGCCAUGUGCAGCGACGGGCUCUGCUGUCGCCGCUGCAAGUACGAGCCGAGGGGUGUGUCCUGCCGAGAGGCCGUGAACGAGUGCGACAUCGCAGAGACCUGCACGGGGGACUCGAGCCAGUGUCCCCCUAACCUGCACAAGCUGGACGGCUACUACUGUGACCAUGAGCAGGGCCGCUGCUAUGGAGGUCGCUGCAAAACCCGGGACCGGCAGUGCCAGGCCCUUUGGGGCCAUGCGGCUGCUGAUCGCUUCUGUUAUGAGAAGCUGAAUGUGGAGGGGACAGAGCGUGGGAACUGUGGACGCAAGGGAUCAGGCUGGGUCCAGUGCAAUAAGCAGGACGUGCUCUGUGGCUUUCUCCUCUGUGUCAACAUCUCUGGAACUCCUCGGCUGGGGGACCUGGGGGGAGACAUCAGCAGUGUCACCUUCUACCACCAGGGCAAGGAGCUGGACUGCAGGGGGGGCCAUGUGCAGCUGGCCGACGGUUCUGACCUGAGCUAUGUGGAGGACGGUACAGCCUGCGGGCCCAACAUGCUGUGCCUGGACCAUCGCUGCCUGCCAGCCUCUGCCUUCAACUUCAGCACCUGCCCUGGCAGUGGGGAGCGCCGGAUCUGCUCCCACCAUGGGGUCUGCAGCAACGAAGGGAAGUGCAUCUGCCAGCCAGACUGGACAGGCAAAGACUGCAGCAUCCACAACCCCCUGCCCACGUCUCCACCCACGGGGGAGACGGAAAGAUACAAGGGUCCCAGCGGCACCAACAUCAUCAUUGGCUCCAUCGCCGGGGCUGUCCUGGUUGCAGCCAUCGUCCUCGGAGGCACGGGCUGGGGAUUUAAAAACAUCCGCAGAGGAAGAUCCGGAGGGGCCUAAGUGCCAUGCCCUCCCUCCGACCCUGACACCCACCGUCUCGGCCCUGACCCUCGAGGCCGCCCCCGUCCAGCCAUGGAGGGAGGCGCCAAGCAAAUGUCUUCCAGGUCCAAACCCUGCAACUCCUGCUCCACAGGAGUUUGGGUGGGGGCUGUGGCCCUGCCCUCCACACCACCAGGGUGGGCCAAGCCUGGAGGGCACUUCCUCCCUGGUCCCCCACCCACCUCAUGCGGCUUUGGCCUUGCACACCUACUCUCCCUGUGUGAAUGUAGCUUCCAUCAUCACAGAUUGCCACGGGUCAAGUUGGGGGGCCUGGAGGAACGCCCCCAGGCAGCCACCAGCGGACACAGCCUGGGACGGCCCCUCCUCAAAACCAGGCAGCUGGGACCAGGGUCCUUGCUUUCUGGGACCGAGGGGGAAGGGGCUGACAUCCACAUUUUUUUUAACUGAAUCUUAACUGAUGAAUGUAACCUCGGGGGUGCUGGGGCCAGGGCAGUUGUGGGGAUGUGACAUUUGCAGGAGGGCCCAGAGAUGCCAAGAUGUGGCCAUCCCCUGGGUGCCCUUCCCCUCGCCCUGGGAUGACCACACCUGGAGUCCUGUCACUAAGCACAGGCAGGGGCCGGGCGUCCCCACUUGCCCCUUCUGCCCAGCCCCACUGAGCCCAGAGGAGGUACGAGUGCUGAUUCAAACCAAAGCUGCCUGUGCCGUGCCCAAGGCCUAGGUUAUGGGCACAGCAACCACAUGUCCCAGAUUGUCUUCAAUUCCAAAAUGACUGUCCUGCUGUCCCUGCCAGGACGCAUGUAUUUAGGGGAGGGGGGGUCUAGAAAAUAUAGUCCCUGAAAUACAAUGGCACCUUCCCCCUUUCAAGAAGGGUGAUUCUGGGGCUGACUCAGGGUUUAGGUGCCCCCUGGUGUGGCCUAGAGGUCCCAAGCUGCCGCAGGGAGGACUCUCCCAGGUGGAGAAGGCCAGAGGUGGCCCAGUGCCUGGAGGGUUAGGGGCUCUGCCUGGGACGUGCAAGAGAAGGUAGGAAAGGGCAGGUCUCCUAGGCUUCUAGAAAAGUCCUCAAGGCCCCAUCAAACCCAUUCCACUCCUUAUCCCCAUUCCAGGGCCGAGCAGUAAGUUUACAGAUAUUUCCCACAUUAUGUCAUCCUCUGGUCCCUGCUCUAGCCGAGCCUGAGAGAUAGGCCAGGCCAGCAGAAUCCCUCUGUCUUCCCAUGGAAAGUCGUGCCCAUGGCCUUGCCUCAUGACCUAUGCUUGGGAUGAAGGCGCUCUGGCUCCUUGACCCUACAAGCUAGCUGGCAGGAGCCAGAUGGGGGACCAGCUACCUGAUGGAUGAAAGCCACAAAUGGAUGUCCCCAGGGAUACCCUGCUCAGACUCAGCAGGGGUUCUGAACACCCCAGGGCCUUAGAGCUGCCUGUUUGAGUCCCUUUGUUUCUGGGGCAUUUUUGAGAAGCUGUUAUGCAGGAAAUGGCUCCCUGUUUCUCCACAUCACCCUCAGGGUCAGGCUGGGGCCUGGAACCCACUGGUCCUUCUUGGUGGCUGGAUACACCCAGCAACAGUGGGCCUCUCCCUGAGCUCCAGGUGGCACAGCCCAAGUGAGGGCUGCACCAGCCCCACCUGCUGAGGGGCAGGGGCUGGGUUUUGCACUAUUGCUGCAAUACCUUAAAGCAUCCAUCCUGUGGUGGUACAUGUGUGCACUGGUGGCACUGCAGCUAGAGACAAGCAUUUGAACCCACGUCUGCACAGUGUGAACACCUGUGUGCACGUGGGUAUGUCUGUGUGUGCCUGCAUAUGUGGGGGGGGGGACGUGGAGGACAUAAGACUUUUUGUGACCAGACCACCCUGGCUCCCAGCUGUCUGCAUCCUCCUGCCCCACCCUGGCGGUGUGCAGGGAGGAGGGGCGCUGCAUCGCCUGGGCUGGGCCUGGCUCCAACGGCAUCCUGUACAUAUGUCAUCUGGGCUUAGGGGGUGGGGAGGCAGGUCCAGGAGUAUCAAUUAAAGAUCACAUCCUGGGGCUUCCACGGAGCUCACACCA